CACACACUGGUAGUGCUACCACACCCACGAAUCUCAGGUCAUCACUGAAUCAAGCAGACGAAGAUGGUGCACGCCGCGACGGCCGAGCGCUUCAGCAGCGUGUUCUCCUCCUUCGACCGCGACGCCGACGGCAGGAUCUCGGCGGCGGAGCUGCGGCUGUGCAUGAAGGCGGCGCUGGGCGAGGACGUGUCGGCGGAGGACGCCGAGGCGCUCGUGGCGUCGGCCGACGCGGACCGAGACCGGCUGCUGAAUGAGGAGGAGUUCCUCAGGCUGGUGGCGCGGCCGGAGACAGAGGCGGAGGAGGAGCGGUGCAGGGGACUCAGGGAGGCGUUCGCGAUGUACGAGGUGAAGGGAGAAGGCUGCAUCACGCCGGCGAGCCUGAUGCGGAUGCUCGCCAGGCUGGGGUCCGAGCAGGGCAUCGAGGAGUGCCGCGCCAUGAUCCGCAGGUUUGAUCUGAAUGGAGAUGGAGCGGUUUGCUUCGACGAGUUCAAGGUCAUGAUGGAUGCGUAGCAGCUUUGUGUCCAUCGGCCAGUCUACUGAAUACUGAUCCUCAUACUUGGCUACCGUUUUAACCCGUACACAGUUUACUUGGUACUUAAUCUUUUUUGCCAGAGCAUAUUGAACAGAUUCAUCUAAUAUUUGGCACUAUGUUGGCUUGCUCCGUUUGGUUGGAGUAGUAGUGGCGUGGGUCU